AUUUAUAGUGAUUUUCACUAAUAUUUAUACAACUUAACUAAUACUAUUGUAAUUGUAACAAGAAAUUAUAGUUGACAUAAUCCAACAAAAACAAAUAGUUGCUAUUACUAUAAUAUUAUUUUGAUAUUUAAAAUUAUAGUAUUAUCAACUAUAUAGUAUGGUAAUGGUAACUAUAUUUAUAGGUAAUACCCUCAUCGCGGCCAUUCCCGGAUAAUAACGAUAGUUCAUAACCCACAAACGGCACGAACUAACCGGUAGAAAUAUAAUCUUGUAAUCUUGUGUUUGUAUUGUACUGUAAUUAGUUUAUUACUUAUUACUCAUUCCCCCGUCUCCGUUGAUCGUCGUCGAUUUCUUGUCUUUCAACUUAGUUUUAUUUUUAUCGACUAUUGUUGUUUAACACGUGUUUGCUGGACUACUUCUGACUUCCGUGCAGUGUUGUGUAUCAUUGUAAUCGAUAUUUCACCUUAAGGACAAGACGACUUUGCUGCCAUAAAAAUUAUACCACUGUUAUUUCAACCGGUAAAUGUUGUUAUAAAAAAUGGGAAUAAAAAUCUAAAAUCAAAGUUUUGGAGGCCUUCAAAAAUCGAACAAGCUUCAGCUUUUGUGAUCAGCAUUUCGAAUGCAAAUGAGCUGAAAACAAUCCAAAGCAACAAAGUUGAAAAGGCAUUUAACUAUGGACUAACUGUGCAGCCAUACAUUGUAUUCAUUGGCAGUGACAAAGAAAAUGAUACAGAUUGUUUUACAGUGGUAAAUGAUAUACAUUAUAAAUUAGAGAGUCCAGUUAAAGCCUUGGACGUAUGCUUCAAGUCUUUUCAUACAUUUAAUUUAAAAUACCCUCCUGAAGCUGAACAAAUUUGGUAUUUGAUUCAAAGCAUUUUUUUUUAUAUAACUGGGCCCAACAAGAAGUUUUUGGCUGUUCAAAGUUUCAUGAACGAUUUCAAUAAUUUUAAAUAACUCAUUUAUUCUAUUAAAUUUUUGUAUAACAUACUUAUUAAGUUUAAAUAUGCCUAAGUGUUUUUUAUGUUUUGAACAAUUUCAGGCAGUUAGUCACCUGAUGAUACAUUUAAAUAUAUUUCACAUUGUUAAUAAUAUUAAAGAGUUUAAAUGUUUAGAGCUGAAUUGUUUUAGAAGUUUCAGUAAUUUAAAUUCUUUUAAGAAACAUUUAAAUGAUCAUCCUAUAAAUUUAAUUUGUAAUAGUAUUGAUAAAGUAGUUCAUACUUAUUGUGAGUUAAUACCACCUGCUGUUUCAAACAUAUCUCCCAAUAGCAAUGUUAAUAUUAAUGUAGAUCAAAAUAUUGAAUCAAAAGAUGACAUAAAAAAACAAAUUUAUCAAAAUAGUAUUGCUUUAAUUUCUAAAUGGUAUAGUUACUCUAGUUUACCUAGAAAAACAGUUCAAAAAUUUAUUGAUGAUUUACUAGAGUUUAAUAGUAUGAUUUUAUCUAUUUUGAAAGAAAAGAUAAAUCAAGUAAUAAGCGUAUGUAACGAUGAUAAUAUUGGCAAUGAGCUAUCACAAAUUAAAGAGAUAAUUUUAAAUAUGGGUUCACCAUUUGAAGGUAUGCAAACUGAAUAUUUAAGACUCCAGACACUUGAUGAACAGGGCCAAGAUAAUUUAUUGCCUACUUUUGGUUUAAUUAAAUUAAUUUUUAUUACUGAAAAUAAUAAACCAUAUGCUAUUGUAAAAUCGUUUAUUACAAAUUAUUUUGAUGAACAUUAUCAAGCCUUUAAUGUAUAA